AUGGACGACUUGCUGGCUCUCGUCGAGGGUGGCCCUGCGCUCAAGCCGACGAUCAACUCACUCUGGACAGCCCUGCACCAGCGUGCCAGCAUACAGCCAGACAGACUGGCCCUGCUGAGCCCCCGGCAGCCUGGAAACUUGCUCGAAGGACUCGUCCGGCCUAGAGGAAGGAGAGAUGAGAGUGGCAGCCGCGAUGCCCUCAUGCGUAGCCUCAAGCGAGCAGCCACACCGGCGUACAUGCUCAGCUACCUGCUAUCGUGGGUUCUGCCGGCGCCUGAUACAGAGACAGACUACCUCAGAUGGUCCUUUGCAGAGCUCCAACGUGCAACAAUUCGUCUAGCUUCUUUUCUGCGUCGUCGUGGUGUGAAGCCAGGGGCGACAGGCGCCUUCUUCACCCCGGUCUGCGCAGAAUGGGCGUUGAUGCUGUCUGUGUCUGCGUACAGUCGCUACACGGGUGUGACGCUCGACCGGAAGACGCUCGCGCCUGGUAAUGAGCACGACCUGCGAGUACAUAUGAACACACUAAGCCCGUCUUUCAUUAUCGUUACUACGGUAGAGGAAGCGCUGCAUCUUGCUGGACAGACAGAUGUAGCACUCGGGAUCUGCUUGGAGAACUUCGCGACGCCUGCUCCGGAGGGCUGGCUGAGCAUGGCAGAUAUUGCAGCAUCCUCAUAUGAAGAGGAAGAGGAAGAAGAAGUAGAAGAAGCAGAAGAAGUGGAAGAAAAGAGAGAAAGUGACAGGACAGCCUUCGUUGUGUUUACUAGUGGCUCGUCCGGCAUACCCAAGGGCUGCCCAGUGUCCGCCAGCCAAAUUCUAUCUCUUCUCGGAGCUGUGUCCAAGCAGAUGCCUCUCCUACCAACUCCUAUGACUCUUGUCUCGGGCACAUGCUUCCGGUCGCUCUGCACAGCCAUCACACUGAUGUCCUGGGCCUCAGGCAACGCCGCCGUCAUGGACGCCAGCAACGAGGCGACAGCUGAGACGAAGCUCGCUGGGCUGCAAACAUGCCGACCUGCCUUUGCCUCCGUAACCGUCACGGCGCUCUCCUCUAUUGCCCGUAGCCCAAACUACACCGCCGACGCCAUCAGGUCGGUCCGCUUCGUCCAUCUCAUCGGCUCAACUAUGACCGCGUCGGUCCUCCGAAGGGCCAAGAAGACGUUCCCUCACGCAACGAUCCUGCCCAGCUUUGGCAUGUCAGAGGCCGCAAAGACAGUGACCUGGGAAGCUGCCGGAGGUGUGCCAUCCGUUGACAAGAUACCUACAUGGCACGGCAUCGCCGCCUCAGGCAAGGUGGCUCCCGGCGAAAGGCUCAAGGUCGUUGAUAUAGACGGUAACGUUGCACGCCGUAAUCAUGUUGGUGCGUUACACCUGAGCGGCGACUCAGUUAUCGGUGGUUACUUGGGUGGUGCCAAUUCUGCUGCCUUUUACGUAGGAGACGACGGCCACCACUGGUUCGUCUCUGGGGACGAUGCCGUGAUUGAUGACCAAGGCCUUCUCUAUGUCCUCGGUCGAAGUGAGUAUACUCUCAGGCGCGACAGCAAGCUCAUCCUCCCCUGUAUCGUUGAAAAUUUUCUCGAGACGCAAUUCGAAGGGUCCUCGGCUGCCGUAGUGAAUAUCACCACCAGCAACGGUGAUAGGGGUUUAUUUGCUGUCUUAGAGCACGCUGUCCCUGCCCCUGCAUCCGCUGCUGUUCAAGAACUUGUCGCUCAAAAGCUUGGCUUGGAAUACCGUGUCGAAGGUGCUGUGAGCCUCAAUGAGCUAGGAUUCGAGAAGUGGCCGCUGACCUCGGGAGAAAAAGUCGCCUACCGUGAUUUACGGCUCGCCAUUGAGGAAUUUCUCACUUCCAAGACGGCAAAUUUAUGA